UACUCACAGCAGGAACGCCCCUCCUUACAAGAUCCAAAAAUGAGGUUUUCCCUUGCAUCGUUCAGUCUAACUUUCCAGUCUCAACACUUCAGUACUUUAGAACGACCCCUGUAUGCUUACAGGAAUACCUCACGGAUUUUGGUCUUUUGAUUUCCAGUUGAGCUUCAGUUUUUAUAAUGAGACGAAAAUUUCUUCAAUUAAACUAUCUUCGACAUUGAUCUCUCUUUUCUUACGUUCAUGCAUUUGGGAUAAGUAGGCUUAUCUAAAGUUUCUUGGAAUAAUGAGUGUCUUCUUCUGGAGCAAUUUUUACGUGUGGAUUUAAGUUUUUGUUUUUUGUUUCUUUUUUACAUAAAGUCUACAAGUUGUUCCAUAAAAACAUGGAGCUUUCUUUGCGAAUUCAUCUAUUAACAGCCUUUGUAUCAUGUAUCAAGGUUUGUGCUGAAGUGGUGCAUCCUCAGAAGCAUCCAGGCUUGCAGGUGUUGUCCACAGCCUCGCAUUAUUGGCCUCUAGAUGCUGUGGAUGGGAUCCACGGGCUGUGGGACCAGAUUGGAAACAGACCAGGUUAUGUUAACGGAAGUAAUAUAACUCUCAGAAUCCACAACCAUACUGUGCUCCCUUCCUCCCAUAACACUUCCUAUGUGUAUACCAAUGACUCUGCCUACACUAACAUUUCUGCAACAGUAGAUAUUGUUGAAGGAAUGGUCAACAAGGGCAUUUUCCUGAAUGGAGAUAACGGCGGUACUUUCCUCCACUUUGGAAGCUACCAGAACUCUUGCAUUAGUGACCCCACCAUGUGUGGCCCCAAUGGAAUUACUUUUUCGUUUUUUUGGAAGAACCAUGAAACAGAUUCUCGUUUUGCUGUAGCAUCUGGAGGGAAAGUCAUCUCUAAUGGCUUCUCUGUCUACACGAACCCCCUUGGAGGAUACGUGGAGUUCUACACUCGAGGCAACAACCACAGAUGGAAAGCCAAUAUUAGAGUUCCAGGACCUUACUGGACCCAUAUUCUCUUCACAUGGAAAAAGACGGCAGGUCUGAAGGUUUAUAUAAACGGCACCUUUACUGCUGGUGAUGAAAGUGGCGGUGUUUCCGAAAACUAUGGUGACCCCUACUCUGAUCUUGUCAUCGGAACUGGCAAUGACAGGGCAUAUGGUCACUAUGUAACAGGAGCCUUCGAUGAGUUUGUCAUCUGGGAAAGAGCUCUUUUGCCCAGCGAGAUCUUUCUCUACUACAGUGCUGCUAUGGGUCAUGCUAUAGAGUCUGCCACAACACCAAGUGUUCUCAAAGAACUGCCUUUUGCGACGACAACAGUGAGAGCCACUGAAGUGAGUCCUCCUGUUGUCAGCAGUGUUCAUGAGGAGGUCCAAAGCCCCCAGGAUUCAGAGUCAAUGCCAGUUUUGGGCUUUCUCAAGGCUCUGCCCAAUAGGACCAUUCCUCACUACACAGCCAACAACCUCACGCAGGCGUUUCUCAAAAAUGUGGAAGAAGUGCUGUCCUCCCCUGGGUUACCAGAGCAGUCCGGUCCUGUGGUCAGCGGUUUGAUCGAAACAGUGGACCGAGUAAUGGGCCGCAUGGUGGCUAACCUGGAGCCCAGCCCAAACACUCUCAUCUCUCUGGGAGGGACAUCAUUUGUUGCAGAUUACUCGUUGAUGAAAUUGCCACAGAACUACAACUUGCCACAUUACCGCUUCCCUACACAGGGAAAGAACUACAUCUCCGUACCCGGGGAGGCUUUCACCAUGCAGUCUCAAACCACCAUUGUUGGCCUCUUCUACCACAACAUGCACAGCUACUACAAAGAAAUCAGGCCUGUUGAGACCAGGAUUAACGAAGCUGCUGAGUUCAAGGAUCAUAAAAUCCAGUUCGCAAGCUGCUUGAUCUCUCUGAAUGUGGAGCCUUCACCAGCCCUGUCAGUCAACCUCUCCGGAGCACCUCUCAUCAAGAUCGUUCUGACCCAUGUUUUGAGUGAUGAACAGCAGGAGCAAGUGAUGAAUCAGAGCAAUAAAGUCUUCCUCUACUGUGCGUUCCUGGACUAUAGUUCCAAAGAGGGGGUAUGGUCCAAUCAAGGUUGUGUGCGCUCAGAUGGAAACAUGACCUACUCUGUGUGUUUGUGCAACCACCUCACCAACUUUGCCAUCCUAAUGCAAGUGGUUCCUUUAAAGCUCACCACUGGCCACCGGGUGGCACUGUCAACCAUUGGCUAUGUCGGCUGCUCCAUUUCCAUCUUUUGUCUGGCCAUCACCCUUGUUACCUUUGCAGUCCUGUCGUCUGUUAGUACCAUCCGGAACCAGCGUUAUCACAUCCAUGCCAACCUGUCGUUUGCCAUAUUGGUGGCUGAGAUCUUGCUGCUCAUCAGCGCCAGCUUCGACCCGGGCACGCUGCCCUGUAAGAUUAUGGCCGUGCUGCUUCACUUCUUCUUUCUGAGCGCAUUCGCCUGGAUGCUUGUGGAGGGCCUCCACCUCUACAGCAUGGUGGUCAAGGUGUUUGGUUCAGAGGGCAGUAAGCACGUCUACUACUAUGGCAUUGGUUGGGGCUCUCCCCUGGUGAUCUGCGUGGUGUCCAUGACAUCAGCUUUGGACAGUUACGGUGCAGUUGACAACUGCUGGCUGUCCCUGAAGAAUGGAGCCAUCUGGGCAUUUGUGGCACCAGCUCUGUGUGUCAUUGUGGUAAACAUCGGCAUUUUGAUAUCUGUGACCAGAAUAAUAUCUCGUAUCAGCGGAGAGAAUUACAAAGUUCACGGGGAUGCCAAUGCAGUCAAGCUCACUGCAAAGGCUGUAGCAGUGCUCCUCCCCAUACUUGGCAUUUCCUGGAUCUUUGGCAUUUUAGCCGUCAACACACACUCCCUGCCGUUCCUUUACAUCUUUGCCGUUUUUAACUCCUUGCAGGGUUUCUUUGUCUUCCUUUUCCAUUGCCUUCUUAACUCAGAGGUCAGAGCUGCUUUCAAACACAAGACGAAGGUGUGGACCCUCACCAGCAGCUCCAUGCGAAACAUCAACGUGAAGCCCUUCAACUCUGACAUUAUGAAUGGAAACAAGGAGGGUGUAUCCCCCACUAAGAUGAACACAUGGGACAAAAGCACCAACUCUGCCAAUCGUAUUGACCUCUCAGCAGUGUAGACCGCCACAAUGUCAGUGUGUAGACGCACGUGUAGAAUGACAAACGUUGGCCAGAAAAUUUCCACACCUUUUCACGUGAUAAGUCUGGAGUGAAAGGGAUGUCAAAUGAGGUGACGUGUGGCUCCAUCUUUAAAGACAAACAGACUCUAACUGUGCCUUAUAUAUAGCAGGUUGAGUUUCCCAAGUUCGGGUAGAGAGUUCUGAGGUCACAGAAAGUGUAAUGGCAUCAUUCCAAGUCUGACUGAGAUGCUGAUAAGUGUCUAGAUUGGUCUGUAGCGUUUGUUAACAGCAUUUGGUUGAUUUAAUUUGCAGUUUCUUCGUUGCUAAUAAGCGUAUUAGCUUGGAAAUGACAUCAUUCCUUUUGGUGUAAGUUUCAACAAUGUGUGCAUCAGCAUCCACCAAUAUAUGCUCAUUUUGCCUGCUCUCCUGCACUCACAGUAGAGUAAACUUCUCCAGUAAUCAAACUUUUCAUAUACAGUAGAUUCACAGUUUUCCCAGGUAUCACAGCGCAGCAAACCGUGAUGAAGUAGUAAAUUGGACAAUGUUAUUCUGAUAUGAUGUAUUUAUUUCGUGAUUCUGAGAUGUGCUUUGUGUCUUUUGCUAUGUUUAACAGUGAUUCUGUUUGUGUGUGUUUUGUGCGUUCUUUUGUUUUCACAAACCUCACAUCUUGGCAAGAUGCAUUAUGGUAUGUUCUCUUAUGGAUAGUGAAUAAUUGUGUGUUUUGGAUACAGUUCUGUGAAAUUUUAUGGCGUCUGUCUGUUUCUCGAGCUACAUUUCAUACUUAUUGUACAUUGAAGUGAAUAUGUGCUAUCUACAACAGAGGUUCAUGAGAUGUCUUUUUGUUGAUGACUGUGAGAAUGAAGGGUGGUGACAUCUGUGUGUCGUUGAUCUAACACUGUACAAACAGGAUUCAGAAAAACAGGAUUUACUGUAUGUCUCUGUGCACUCACACAUUUUUAAGUUAAAUAUUGCAGCAUUUCAACACAUGUAUUGGGCCUUCAUUGGCUCUUUUCUUAUGGUACUAUGGUUUGUGCUUCCAAUCAUGUUUAAUAAAAUGUU